UACCCUAAAAUCGCUGUGAGCCACUCUGAGCUGCAUGCCUUACUGUACUUCUUCACUUGAUACCGUUUUCAUGGGUGACCUGGGCGACGAUGCCUAUUGUGAAUUGGGAGAACCGCCGACAAGCAGGCCGGCACAACAGCGGCGGCGCGCACCGGCCAGAGGGCGCAGCUGACGCUGCCAUCUCAGUGCCAUCUCUCUCUCGGAAACCAUAUUGCUUUGGCGGUAUUUACAUUGUAGUUUAGGUAGAAUGGAAGCCAAACGACGCAAAGUUGACGGUGAGCAUGUUGAAGCGCCUGCUGCGGGAGAGGACCUCCACAACAAAGAGACAGACCAUGAGAUGGACAAUGGCGUUACCGAUCUCGAAGGAGCGAGUAGUCCUGACGCUACUGAGAACACCACCGACAAUCAUGACAAGGAUGAAAAGCUGGUGGACAAGAAAGGAAAUGGGGCUUCGUCACCCGAGCCAGAUAACAGCGAUAAAGAUGGAGAUGCCAACAGUGCUGUGUCAAACGACAGCCAAGACAAAAAGCGUGGAUUUAGGGUGGAAAGCAAAGGUACCGCGGGGUCUGUUCUCUUUUCCGGCGGCACCAGCUGGGACACCCUGGGACGGAGGACGAGGGACAAGCAGAAGCAGGCGGCCAAGUGCGACCGCAACCUAUGGGGUCCUCAUAGGGUCACCUGCCUGAAUGACAUCAGAGUAAAGGCAGCUUAUUCGGGCUGCUCAGCGUGCCAUACUGUGCUCAUCAGCGAAGAAGGCAAGGCCUACACAUGGGGGCGCAACGACAAAGGGCAACUUGGCCACAUUGACCUGAAGAGGAGGGACACCCCUGCCCUCGUGGACACGCUGAAGGAGACAGUGGUUGUGAGUGCGGCCUGUGGGCGCUCUCACACGCUCUUUCUCACCGACCACGGCAGUGUUUUCAGCUGUGGAGACAACAAGAUGGGCCAGUGCGGCGUCGGGUCACAGAACCAAUCCAUUCAUGUUCCUACGCGGGUGGUGUUUAAGGUGCGCCCUGUGGUGCGUGUUUCGUGCGGAGGAGAGUUCAGCGUCAUGGUUGACUGCCGUGGCGCCGUCUACACAUUUGGAUGUCCUGAAUAUGGUCAACUAGGUCACAACACAGACGGACGUUACUUUGUAUCGAGCAACAAGCUGCAGUUCAAGUGUGAGCUUGUACCGCGGAGAGUGCAGAUCUUCAUCGACAAAACUAGGGAAGGACAUGUGGUUCCCGUCGAUGAUGUCACAAUUGUGGACGUGGCUUCUGGACUUAAUCACACGAUUGCUCUAGAUAACAAGAAACGUUGCUUCUCCUGGGGGUUUGGCGGGUACGGCCGCCUCGGUCACAACGAACCCAAAGAUGAGAUGGUCCCGAGAAUGAUAAGGGCCUUUGAUGGGCCCAACAGGGGCGUACGCACCAUCUAUGCCGGAGGAACGUACAGCAUGGCAGUUGGCGAACUCGGUGUCCUGUACUUCUGGGGGAUGAACAACCACGGAGGAGAGGCAACCAUGUACCCCAAGCCCAUUCAGGACCUGACCGGGUGGAACGUGCGAGACAUUGGUUGCUCUAACAAAAGCAUAGUGGUCUUGGCAGAUGAGAGUGUCAUCUCCUGGGGACCCCAUCCUACCUAUGGCGAGCUUGGCUACGGUGAAGGAAGACAGAAGUCUUCGACCACCCCUCAGGAAGUGCGCCUGCUGGAAGGCAUCCAUGUGCACACGGUGACGUGCGGCCUGGGCCACUCUGUCUACAUAGCACGUGACGACACUGAGGAAGAACGGGCGCGCAUUCGCAAGUUGCCAGAGUUUAUCCCUUGAGCCAUCUCUACCCCUGGAUGUCCCUUCGCGACCAUUGUCCACAGUGUUUUUUUUUUUUUUUUUUUUUUCUGCAUUGUGUUCUUUUUUUUUUUUUUUUUAAGGGAUGAGUUGCGCCACAACCGACAUGUAGAGUCGUACAUCUUGAGUGACUGUUUUUUUUUUUUUUUUUUUUCCUUCUCUCUCAUAUUUUAUGUGCAUCCUUCGGACACCUAUUUCCAUUCCAUUGUCACAUGUACAUUGAGAUCAUUUUUGAGAUUGUACAUAGAAAUUACGGCAUUCCUAAGACACACACCCUUUCACCCUCUGUAGCCACGUAAUACCAUUUUGCUAUGUAUUUUUUUUUUUUUUUUUUAUUCUGCCCCAGUUGAGUGUGAAAUUUUUUUUGCCACAGCAGAAUCUCCCCAUGGAGGCUGGAAUCCAAGUAGCCGAGGAACGCUUUCGGGCGACAAGUGCGUCCCUUUAUUUAUGCGUGAGGGAAACCUCUUUGUGAACAUUGCUUUUUAUCCCCGAAGAGGCGUUUAACUUUCACUUUACUGAGCGUGGAUUCGGUUGACUAACGGGAACAUCCCCAGCGUUUUAAGAAGAAUGGAUCGCGGCAAAGCCUGUCGCACGCGCGUUUUUUUCGUUGCAGGUAUCCUCUAACGAUCCGAAAUGAUGUAUUUUUGCUAAGAGUUUUACACGAUUCUGUUUGAGUUGCUUCCACGGAAAUGUUACGGAACUUGCCAGCAAUAAAUAUCUGUCGUCGGGGCGUCGUUUUUUUUUUUUUCUUUCUUUCUCUCUCUCUUUGGUUGUGAGAGGGGGGUACUUCACUGGAAUUCUCUGAAGACAGUUGCUCAGUUCCAUUUUUUUUUUUUUUUCUGUUUCUGUACGUCACAAUGCGUCCCAUCUGACAGGUUCUCUCGGACGUCUGUGUAUGAUCUCAAGUUUGACACGCUUUUAUAAUAAAAUGGUUGUUCCUGGA